AUGGACGCCAUUAUUCCCAUAGCAACCUGUUGGUGUACACAAUAAACAACGGGUUUUCGCAACCGUCAGGUGAAAAAUCAGUGGUUCAUCAGAAAAUGUCCGCAUUUUAACGUAUGAACUUGGUGUGGUUUGUUGUAACUGUGCAGAAUGUUCAUUUAUCUAAGUAAAAAGAUCGCUAUACCAAACAAUACUCGACUCAAUUGUAUCGCAUGGAGCAAAGAAGAGGGUUAUGUUGCGGUUGGGGGAGAAGAUGGUUUGCUCAAGGUCCUCAAGCUAGAGCAGGCUACGGUUAGCACAACGCAAACAGGCAAAGCCCACCAACCAAGCAAUCUAUCCAUGAAUCAAUCGUUGGAGGGCCACAAAUCCUCCGUUAACGUAGUCACAUGGAAUGAGGUGAAGCAAAAGUUAACAUCCUCCGAUAAGGAUGGAAUAAUCAUGGUUUGGAUGAUGUACAAAGGUUCGUGGUUUGAGGAGAUGACUAACGACAGGAAGAAAUCCACGGUGAAAGGAAUGGCCUGGACGAGCGAUGGACAAAAGAUUUGUAUUGUUUAUGAAGAUGGAACAGUGAUUGUUGGAUCUGUGGAUGGAAAUCGUAUUUGGGGUAAAGAUCUGAAAAACGUAUCACUGACUGGGGUUCAGUGGAGCCCAGAUGGAAGACUGCUCUUAUUCAGUAUCAAAACAGGCGAAUUACAUCUGUACGACAAUCAAGGAAUUUUCGUGAUGAAACUCAACAUUCAAUGCGUUUAUUUGACCCCCGCUAAAAGUAUAACAGUGGUAGGUUUGUCUUGGUAUCACGACGCGGUUUCUCCAAACCGCCCAGUGCUAGCAGUUUGUUACGAGAAUGGAAAGAUGCAAAUCAUGAGGAACGAAAAUGAUGAUCUUCCAGUGAUUCUGGAUACCAAUAUGCAGAACAUCGCCUGUAUGUGGAACCACGAUGGUACCAUUAUCGCUGUUUGUGGAAUGAAGACUAAUUUGAACGAUAAAGAGACGAAUCAAGUUCUAUUUUACACCCCUUACGGAGUUCACAUCCGAACGUUGAAAAUUCCGGGGAAGGAGAUCACUUCUCUUUCUUGGGAAGGAAAAUCCCUUCGGAUAGCACUCUCUGUGGAUUCAUUCAUUUACUUCGCCAAUAUACGGCCGGAUUAUACGUGGUGUUACUUCAACAAGACAGUUUGCUAUUUGGAAGCUACAAAAAAUGAAGAAUCAUCGAUCGUCACAUUUUGGGAUACCAAUUCCAAUCAAUGCUACUCGAAGCACGUUGAUCCCGUGCUGGUUAUGGUUGCCAAUGUUGACCAUUGCGUACUGGCGGUUGAAACAAAAAUCAGUGCGAAAGAGUUCAGUUUUAUGAACGAUAGUAAGAGCAAAGAUUUUAUGUAUCAGCUUCUGGUUUGUAAUUCUAUAAGCACCACCGUUGAUUCUAAAUACAUUGAUAUCCGUCCCAACUUUGUCGCUAUGAAUUCGGUGCAUGUAAUAGUGGCCUCGAAAGAUCAGUUCAUGCUGUGGCAUUAUCAUACUCCAAAGGGUGCAUCCUCUUUGCACAGCAACGUGAAAGCGAAAGCAGACAGAAAGUAUCACAUCGACGACACUCCGGCACUGGAUGUGUUGAAUGAUUUGGACGCCAACAAUACUUACGACAUUCCUUCGAAAACUGACCCGAGCCAGGAUCCUAUCUGCUGCAUAGCAGCUUCGGAGAACUUGCUUUUGGUUGGACGGGAAUCCGGUCUCAUUCACGAGUAUACUCUGCCCCAUUUGGUGCUCCGUAAUCGUCAUUAUAUGCAGACGCGCAGUUAUAAGAUGGCCAUCAAUUGCAACUCAACUCGCGCGGCGCUGAUUGAUUGCAAUGGAAUCCUUACGACGAUAGUAUUGCGGGAGGACACGGAUGAGAGUCAAGUCAUGGAAGGGAGAGUUGAGCGGAAGGAUGUGUGGGCGAUUUGCUGGGCUCAAGAUAACCCAGAACUGCUGGCGAUAAUGGAGAAAACUCGAAUGUAUAUUCUGCGAGGAGCGGAUCCAGAAGAACCGAUUACCUGUUCAGGGUAUAUUUGUAAUUUUGAGGAUUUGGAGAUAACGGGAGUACUGCUGGAUGAGAUUAUCAAGGGGAAUGCCACGCCAAAUGUUAAGGAACACAUUUUGCAGCUACGAGUGAAAUCGCUGAGGGACACAGAGGAUUUGCUUUCUCACGUUGGGAUUGCGGAGGCGAAGCAAUUCAUUGAGGACAACUCUCAUCCACGUCUCUGGAGAUUGCUUGCUGAAGCUUCGUUGAAGAAGCUGGACCUGGAGACAGCAGAGGCUGCAUUCGUACGAUGCAGUAAUUAUCCUGGAAUUCAAUUUAUUAAGCGGCUCAAAAGCAUACAAGUGGAAGCAUUGCAAAAGUCUGAGAUUUAUUCGUUUUUCGGAGACUUUGAUGAGGCGGAGAAAAUGUAUAUCGAUGUAGAUCGGAGAGAUUUAGCGAUCAGUUUGCGUCAGACACUGUGCGAUUGGUUUAGAACGGUUCAGCUAUACAAGAUGGGUCCUGGAAUUUCAGAUCAGCAGAUGGAGCACGCCUGGCGUGAAAUUGGACACCAUUUCAUGAAUCUGAGAGCUUGGGAAAGCGCAAAGGAAUAUUACGACAAAGCACAUCACAUUGAAGGACUCAUGGAUACAUUGUACCAUUUAGAGCAAUACGAUGAGCUGGUUGCAUGCAUGCACAAAUUACCGGAAAAAAGUCAUCAUCUGGCCAAACUUGGUCAAAUGAUGGCCACUGUGGGAAUGUGCGAGCAAUCUGUGGCAGCCUAUUUGAAACAUGGAGAUGUGAAAUCAGCAGUUUCUACUUGUAUUGGCCUUCGACAAUGGGGCUUGGCAGUGGAAUUGGCCCAAAAAUACAAAAUGCCCCAGAUAAGUGCACUUCUGAGUAAGCAUGCGGCUCAGCUGCUGCAAGAAGGAAAACUACCGGAAGCAAUAGAGCUCCAGAAAAAAGCUGGUCGAUUUUUGGAUGCUGCGCGGUUGUUGGUCAAAAUGGCAGAAAGUGAGUGUUUGAAGAAGUCAGACUUUGUUCGAAUUAAGCAGUUGUAUGUUCUCUCUGGUUUGCUUGCUGAGGAGCACAUCGAGAAGCAGAUUCUUCUGACGGGUGGGAAUCGAGCUUCUGUAUUAUCACAAAUGAACCCAGAGGACUCGGUGUUAAUUGAACAUAUUUGGCAUAAUGCCGAAGCUUAUCAUUACAUGUUGUUAGCCCAACGACAUCUUCGAUCCGGAUUGGUACACAGCGCAGUGAUUACAGCGCUGCGUCUUCGCGAGUAUGAAGAUGUGCUGGACGUGGAAUCAUUGUAUUCGUUGCUCGCUCUGGCCAGCUGUGCGGAUCGAUCGUUUGGGACUUGUUCCAAAGCGUUCAUCAAACUUGAGGAUCUCGAGAGUCUCCCGGAGGCGCGACGACAACAGUAUGAAGAGUUAGCUAUCAAUAUAUUCUCUCGGUACGAACCCAAGGAUGGCAGAGCGAAACAUGUAACAUGCUUUACUUGUGAAACAUCCGUUGCCGAUUGCAGUACGUAUUGUCCAAAUUGUGGUAGCCACUUUCCGCCUUGUACAGCUUCUGGUCAACCGUUAACUAAUCCGACUGGGGCCUGGCAAUGCUCGUCGUGCUAUCAUGUUGCUAACCCGCUUGAAAUCACUACGAGGAAAACUUGUCCACUUUGUCACUCGGUGAUUGAAACGAAGGCAAUUGUCGAGGUUUAGAACGGAGCUUGUCUGAUAUCGAUUGUCAUGAUUAAAAUUUACAUAGAUAUAUUCCUAUCGUAUAUCUGGAAAACUAUACCCAUUAUUUGUAUGCUUCGAAAAAUGGAUAUUAUAGCUACGAAAAUUCAUUUGAAAGGUAUUUUCAAACCAGUGAAUAGAUUAUAUUUUGUGUUUUAUGUGUAGAACUGUUGUGGGUUUAAACAUUUUUAGAUUGGUGUUACUGAGUGACAUUGAAACUCAGUCUCAUGAUGUUUAUGCGUUUGAACAAUUGAGAAUACACAAAAAUGACUAAUACAUAUUAUACUA